AAAGGAAGUAUUGUAUCUUACGCAUACCAGAGAAACAUUCUCUUCUCUCAUUGGCUGACGGCUUGACGCUGUACGUGGUGCGUAGGCGCUUCCUCAACUUGACUAGCAGAAACAGCUAAAUAGAAGAUGUUGGUCCUGGUGUUAGGUGACCUGCACAUCCCCCACCGGUGCAACACCCUGCCAGCCAAGUUCAAGAAGCUGUUGGUCCCGGGGAAGAUCCAGCACAUUCUCUGCACAGGCAAUCUAUGCACCAAGGAGAGCUAUGACUACCUGAAGACUCUCGCUGGAGACGUUCACAUAGUCCGAGGAGAUUUCGACGAGAACCUGAACUACCCGGAGCAGAAGGUAGUGACAGUGGGCCAGUUUAAGAUCGGUCUCAUCCACGGCCACCAGGUGAUCCCCUGGGGCGACAUGGCCAGUCUGGCGCUGCUCCAGAGACAGCUGGAUGUCGACAUCCUCAUCUCUGGGCACACGCACAAGUUCGAGGCAUUCGAGAACGAAAACAAGUUCUACAUCAACCCUGGUUCGGCCACAGGAGCCUACAGCGCACUGGAAAGCAACAUCAUCCCCUCUUUUGUAUUAAUGGACAUCCAGGCGUCUACAGUGGUGACGUACGUUUAUCAGCUGAUCGGUGACGACGUCAAGGUGGAGAGAAUCGAGUACAAGAAAUCUUAAAAGGACGGCAGGAGGAGGAGGAGGAGGAGGAGGAGGGGUUGGGUUUGCGUGGCUCAGUGUAUCAGUUCAUUCCUUUUCCACCAAGGGGCAGCAUCUCCCCUGCAGUCACCAAAAUGUUAAUGCUGUAACAAGCUGUGCAGUAACUUAACUCUAAAAGAAACCUGUAUUAUAUUGUUUAUAAGUCAUCAGCAUUUGCUUGUGUCCAAGCUGUCAUUUGGUAACUGUAGAGAAUGCAAUAAUAAGUCACAUGUAUUUGUUAUCAAAAAGAAAUAUUUGGUGCCAUUUUUCUUCUUUUUUUUUGUUUUGUCAUCAUCGCCCUCGUCAUGUCCUGUAAGCAACAGACCUUUAGCUUCACGUAGUCUGCCUUUUUUCAUUCAUUUCCCACAAUAAAGAUCUAAUUUCACUCCA